AUGGCUCGCCGACUAGUCCGAGCGAGCGUACAGCUCGGUCUAGUCGUUACAUUCAUACUACUCGUGAUAGUCGUUCUCGAUAAUCGAUUUCGUGUCCUUCCUUCCUCUAUUCACGGCCAUCUCCCGUCGCAUUACUCCGGCUAUGUGAUCACCGAUGUCACGGUCACCACAUGUAACUCCAUCAAUCCCUUUUCCAGUUGUAAACUGGAUCCAGAUCACUGGUACCGCGUCGACAAAGACCUUUACCUGCGCACGGGCUGGACCUCGAGCGCCUACAUCCAAUUCAAGCGGAAGAAGGAGGAGGAAUUGGGACCUGAUGACAAGGUGGUCGUCGACUUGAAGAUCAGUCGUCUGACACCGCCAUCCGAAUAUGUUGCGAAACAAGCAGAUAUCGGGGCUUGGGAGCCCCGACCGGGCGGCCUCUGGCUUAGGCGCUCGUCUUCUCGUCAUGCCAGUGACUCUGAAAGUGCUGUGACAUAUGUCGAUGUUCUCUACGGUGCGGAUGCCGUCGACCCUCGUCCAAAUUGGGAAGUGAAGGACACUCCCAUUCUUUUGGAUAGUCGGACGGAGCAGCUGGAGACUCGCCUUAGCAUUCGGAGAGGUCACCCAACCAAACCCAAGAAACCUACUCCCAGAAUCAAUGAAAAUGGAAAGUUCAAGGUGAUGCAAUUGGCAGAUCUUCACAUGAGCACGGGUCUUGGCUCAUGUCGCGACCCUGUUCCUGCGGAAUUGGUGCCUGGCCAGAAGUGCGAAGCCGAUCCUCGAACCUUGGAAUUCGUCGAACGACUUCUCGAUGAAGAGAAGCCUGACAUGGUCAUCUUCUCCGGUGACCAGGUUAAUGGCGAAACCGCCCCUGAUGCACAAAGCGCCCUUUACAAAUCCGUGAAGCUUUUGGUCGACCGCAAAAUCCCCUACGCAGCGAUCUUUGGAAACCACGACGACGAGGGUGACCUGAAUCGAGCUCAACUCAUGACUAUAUAUGAAGAUCUUCCUUAUUCACUCUCAGCUGCCGGCCCCGAAGACAUUGACGGAGUCGGAAAUUACAUCGUCGAAAUCCUCGACCGGGGCAAGAGCACCCAUUCUGCCCUGACCUUCUAUCUCCUUGACACACACUCCUACUCUCCGGAUGAACGUCAGUUCCGUGGCUAUGAUUGGAUUAAGCCAAGUCAAACGCGGUGGUUCAAAAACACUGCACAAAGCCUUCGAAGAAAACAUCUCGAAUACUCACAUAUCCACAUGAACGUGGCAUUCAUUCACAUCCCCCUUCCUGAGUAUCGCACUGCAGGAAAAUACUUCAAGGGUGCCUGGAUGGAAGCUCCUACCGCACCAGGGUUUAACUCUGGCUUUAAGGACGCUCUCGAAGAAGAGGGCGUUUUGUUCGUCAGUUGUGGACAUGACCAUGUCAACGACUAUUGUAUGCUCGAGCAGGAUGCUAACGAAAAGCCCUCGCUCUGGAUGUGCUACGGCGGCGGCGUCGGAAUGGGCGGUUACGGAGGCUACGAAGACUUCGUCCGCCGAGUUCGAUUCUUCGACUUCGACAUGGGCCCCGGCCGAGUCUCCACAUACAAACGUCUUGAAUGGGGCCAGACCGAGGCCAAGAUUGACGAGAUGAUGAUCGUCGAUGGUGGCACUGUCAACGGCCCCACUGAAGCAUCCUAA